AUGGCGAACCAAGGUACUGGAUUACAGGAUAUUAAAGAAGAAGAGGAUAAUGUGUCAGAUUUCUCUGGGAAUCAGGGGAUUGGAGAUAGGUCAGUGAUAGUGAGGGAGUUAGGUGUUGAUUCUGGUGGAGUAGCGGUUGAGAAUGAGCCGGAAAUCGAGUCUAGGCUUCUCGGAUUGGGUAUUCAGGAUGGGCAUGAUGUAGUAGCGAGCGAUGGGAGAGGAGGGGAAGAUGGGACUCUGGGAGAGCGGGAGGAGGAGCUGUUGCUUCCUCCGUUGCCGGAUGUUGAGACCAAGGCGGCGCUGCUGUACCAGGAGGAGAGUCUGGGGAAUUUGAGUUCGAUAUCGUCGUCAUCAUCUGAGACGCUUGAUGAUAUUUCGCCGGUGCUGGAUACGAAGAUUAGCGAGCAGGAUGAGACGUCGUUUGAUCUUUCGCAGGCGUUGGAGAUUCCUACGAAUUCUACGACUGGAUCUUCGCUGAAUAGAAGCACGUCGACGCAGAAUAUAAUAGUUUCGCAUGGGGGGUCUGGGCAGUUGCCGAGCAUAUCGUCGCCCAAGUCGGCGCUGAAGCGGCGGUUUUCGAAUACGUUACUGUCGCAUGCGUUGAACCAGGAGGCGAUGCUGUUGUCUACUGGAGCAACUACUACGACGACGUCGUCGUCGCCGCAGAUUCCGCAUACUGGGGAGUUUCCCUUGCACAAGACCAGCACGCGUUCCAGCGGACACACGUCGACUAGCAGCAUGGGCACUGGGACGAGAAACAAGAGCAGAUCGAACUCGAGCGUGGUGCCCAUGCUGGCGUCGUCGUCGUACGAUAACUCCAAUGCUGGCAGUGCCAGCCCCGGUCCGAACAACAACCUACUGUCGAAAAAACAGAGCAAUGGUAACAUCAAUGUCAAUAUCUACAACAACAACAUCGCGAAUACCACGGAGGUAUCCGAUAAACGGUUUACAGAUUUGAAAAAGCUAAGCAUGGGCAGAAUGGGGAACGACAGCUGGCCGAACUCAUCGGACAUUUCGUCGCCCUCUUCUAGCUCGCCUCUAGACUUGGCUAAUAAUAGCACACACUACGAUGAACUUCUUUACAAGGCACAGACGCUACUAAGUUCCACCAAUCUGAACGGCACGGGCACGGGCACGGGCACGGGUGUCAGUACCAGCACCAGCACGUCGAACAGCUUGCGGAACCGUAGCAGAUCCAACUCCAACUUGAACGUGAUUACAAACUUCUUCACAGGCGGCGGCGGCGGCGGCGGCGGUAAUAAUACCAAUAAUAGUGGCACUAGCAAUAGCAGCGCUCUCAAUAGCCCUGCACUGCCUCCGAACACGCUAUCCUCGGAAGAUGCAUCGGAUUCACGCUCGUUCAACUCUUCGGAAAUUAAUAUUCCAAAGAGAGUUCCGUUGCUAAGAAGAGCGUCAAGCGCUUUGUUGCGGAAACGUUCGCUGCGCAACAACGGAACCACUGUGGCUACAAACUCGGAGUCUGGCGGCGACGGUGAUGGAAUACAUGGAUUCGCUGUGAACUCGCCUAUUCUGGCAGACACCCGCGUUGCGUCUCUAGAUCUGGACGCUAUCGCUAGAUUGGAAAGCCGGAAUAAGAAGAACUUGUUCAUCAACACUAACGACAGCAGGCCUACCCUUUCCACUCGGGAAUCAACUACAUCAUUACGUUCAGGGUUGAGUCCCGACCCAAACGUGAACAGAAUACCAUCCUUCAGCUCCAAAGUGAAACGAGGAUUCACCCGGAUCAUCAGCAGUGGGAACAUUAAUAACGGGUCUAGAAAGGACUCGCCCAUUGAUUCCAGGAUGACCAGUAGUCAAAACGAUAAUACCCCUAUAUCGAGCAACGACUCGAUCUCGAUGAACUUUGGUCUUGAAACGAAUUCCGUUAACGAAUUUGUCGAAGAACACAACGGCAUUAGAAACAACAACAUGAUACCAAGACGCUCGAGCUCAGUGCAACGAAAGAGAAUUUCCAGAACGCGUAAAAUGAGCAGCCACUCGGACUCAAUUGCCUCAGAACGCGGGAACAGUAAUGGUAACAAGACAGGUAAAUCCCAGCGCGAUCGCGAAACAGAUGAAAGUGAAGACGGAGACACCGAUCUAGACAUGAUCAUCACCGAUGCUGACAUGGAAGAACUGUCCAAGAAGAAACCAAUCAUCACCAUUACUGAGAAAUUCGGCGCAAACAACACAACGCCGUUGCAACAGCAGUCGAAUGUGUGGUUCUACAAGGCCUCAUUUGACGAGUGGCAGAGCUCAACAAACAAGAAACCCAGUAACGCGUCACUACGUAAGUACAUCAACGUGCUCAUCGAACAGCAAACGUUGGAGGAUGCAAGGUUCCAGACUUUAGAGCAGAAGCUCCAGCAGUCUGGCUGGGUUUCGAGCCAGGAGCUGGGUUAUUUGCGUCAGAAACGGGUUGUGAUCAACAGGCAAUGGGCAGAAAGAAUAUCAUUUUACCAGAACAAGUUGGAGGAGGAAUAG